CGCAUGUAACACACAAACAGCUCUGAUUUCCUUGUCUCUCAAUCUGAACUUCUGCAGUGCAGCCAUGCAUCUCAUCCAACAGGACCAAACGCUGGACACUGUGUUCAAAAACCAAGGUGCCACAGGCUCAACUUUUGAACUUUCAGCAGACAGCAGUCGUGAUCCUGAGAAGAUUAUUGCUGAACCCCAAACCGACAGUCUGGAAGAAGGUCUGGACCCGAGGCCUGAGGGCAACCUCAUCUACUCCAUCACCGAUAGGCCGCCCUGGUACCUCUGUAUUCUUCUCGGUUUCCAGCAUUACAUACUGGCUUUUGGUGGCAUCCUGGCAAUUCCUCUCAUCCUGGCUGAGCCAUUGUGCAUCAAGGAGAACAACGAAGCCAAAAGUCAGCUCAUCUCCACCAUCUUCUUCGUCUCGGGCCUGUGUACUUUGCUACAGACCACCCUUGGGACCAGGUUGCCAAUCCUCCAAGGAGGCACGUUCACCUUCAUCACGCCAACUUUGGCCAUCCUCGCCCUUCCGAAGUGGAGAUGCCCAGACUCAAGUGCCAACCCUCAAGUAAACGGCACGGAUCCUGCCUCUCUCCUUGUGGAUGAAGACGAGCUGUGGAAAGUUCGCAUUCGUGAGAUCCAGGGAGCUAUUCUUGUGGCAUCGCUGCUUCAGCUUGUCCUGGGCCUGUCGGGUCUUGUGGGUUUAGUGCUGAAGUUUAUUGGGCCGUUGGCCAUCGCUCCCACCAUCAACCUCAUCGGCCUGUCGCUCUUCAUCCAGGCCGGCCAGAAGUCAGGAGCCCAUUGGGGAAUUGCCGCUCUAACCGUUUGCCUGAUCUUUCUCUUCUCUCAGUAUCUGAGCAAAGUGAACCUCCCUCUCAUAGCUUACAAGGACAAGAAGUGGAAAGUCUUUCAGUACCCUCUUUUCAAGCUGUUUUCCGCUUUAUUUGGGAUGUGUGGAGCCUGGUUGCUGUGCUUCCUGCUCACAUAUUUCAAUGCCCUGCCAUCAUCUCCCAGUGAGUAUGGAUAUAAAGCCAGGACCGACAUCAAUCUCAGUGCUGUAAAAAGUGCUGCAUGGUUUUAUCUGCCUUAUCCAGGACAGUGGGGUGUACCAACAGUGAGUGUGUCUUCUGUAUUGGGUAUGAUGGCUGGAGUAUUGGCUUCAACGAUGGAGUCAAUUGGAGACUAUUACGCGUGUGCCCGUCUCUCUGGAGCACCUCCUCCACCCACGCAUGCCAUUAACCGUGGCAUUGCAGUGGAAGGCGUGGGCUGCAUCUUGGCUGCCCUGUGGGGUAGUGGUAAUGGCACAACCUCCUACAGCCAGAAUAUUGCCGCUCUGGGAAUUACAAGGGUUGGCAGCAGAUUGGUACUUCAGACCGCUGGGCUUCUUAUGAUCAUCUUGGGACUCUUUGGUAAAUUCAGCGCAGUCUUUAUAACCAUCCCGGACCCGGUCAUUGGUGGAAUGUUUCUUGUCAUGUUUGGGAUGGUGGCGGCGGUGGGAAUUUCCAAUCUGCAGUAUGUGGACUUGAACUCCUCCAGGAAUCUGCUGAUUCUUGGCUUCUCAACCUUCAGUGGUCUUGUCCUUCCAACCUGGUUCCAUUCAAACCCAGGCAUGAUCAACACAGGCGUAAAAGAGUUGGAUCAGCUCAUCAUGAUUCUCUUCACCACCCACAUGUUCAUCGGUGGAUUCUUUGGGUUUGUUUUGGACAACACAAUACCAGGAACAGAAGAAGAAAGAGGAAUAAAGUGCUGGAGGAAAGCUGUUCAUAAAGGACUUCAAAUGCACACGACUGAUGAUUCCUGCUACAAUCUGCCUUUCUGCACAAACUUUAUUGCGAGGUUCAGGCUGCUCCAACGUCUCCCGUUCCUCCCGUCGACUGCUACCCAAUAACUGAGAACUCAGAUGUGGCGCUGUAGCUGCACUGUGGUUGAGGCUUGCUUUUUGAAUGGCACAUUCCAGGCAAGAGGUGAGCAACAUUCAGGCUCCACGGUUAAGCUUAUUAGAAUAGGAGUUUGUCCCAACCGCACAACUGCUCUGUUUUUUUUUCCAUGGGAAUCAAUCUUUGGAUUACCGAAGUACAUAAAGAUUCCUGAAAAGCAAAGCUCCAACAAAAUUUUAAAUAUAGUAUAGCGGUCAAAGGUUUGGAUAUAAUUGUUUUUGACCAAAGUCUUUCAUACUCACCCAGGUUGCAAUAUUUAACAGGAAAAUAUGUCAUAUUGUGGAACCGAUAUAACAGUUUGAAUCAACUUUUCCAUUGCAAUGUUAUUUAUUAAAGUGACAAAAGGCAACAUUCAGA